UGCAAUGUUGAACAUCACUUAGCUCUAGUGCUGAUGCUACUAUUACAUAUGGAUGCAUCGACAGUAGAUGUCCCUACUUACCAGCACAAAGACCCGCUCACAGGGCAGAUACUCGCAUGCACACGCUGCCCCGCUGGAACCCACAUGAGUGCGCACUGCACUGCAACUGAAGACACCGUCUGUUCGUCCUGUCCAAAGGACCAUUUCACACAGUUCUGGAACUACUUGCCGAAAUGCCUGUAUUGCAGCACCUUCUGUGUAGAGAAUCAAUACAUUAAGAAAGAAUGCACUCCUACUAACAACAGAGUUUGUCAAUGUAAAGAAGGCUAUUUCUGGCAAGCUGACUUCUGCAUCAAGCACACGGAGUGUCCAUCUGGAUACGGCGUCCGGCAGAAUGGUACCUCACACAGUGAUACAAAAUGUGAGAAGUGUGCACGAGAAAUGUUUUCCGCAGUCACAUCCUCGACAUCGCCGUGCGUAGAACACACCAAUUGCACAUCAAUGGAUCUUAAAGUGGUACUGAGAGGAACCGGCAAGCAUGACAAUUUAUGCUCGACAUGCAAGAAUCUUCAGAAUGACGGUGGUUUAUCUAUACUAAAACAUUUCCUGCCAGACUUCUUCGCCAAUGAAAGAAAUCGCCAAUCCAAACUCUACAGAUUUGUGAGAGAUCAUCUUGGCCAGAACCUGCAAGGGAAACAUUCUCUGUUUUCCAAAAAAUCACUCUUACUUCAUUGCAUUUCAGAGUGGAUUAGAGGUGCUACUAUAGACCAGCUGAGAAAAUUGCCAAUGCAACUCAGAGAAAGUAACAUUCACAACACUGCAGACAAACUCUCAAAAAUGUUCAAAGAGUUAGAUGCCUCAAAUUGUGAUUGUAAAGUUGCAACACUGUAAAUCAGCUUGUUAUGAUUUUUUGGGGAUUCCCUCCUAAAGCCAGUAAACAGGUUUGUUUUGUUUU